GAUUACAAGAAAACUGAAACUUAAAUCAAAGAUAUACAAAUACUCAGAGGGGACAUCAUGGAAGGUGCAAUGAGUCUGAGAUUCCUUAUCCUGAUGGCUGUGGUAUGUGUGGUCGUGGCACAGACUGCAACGACAAAGGAACCCAUGAGAACCACCACAGGGAAGCCGAGAAAUGACGCCAAGGAGACCACAGACCGUCGUGAUAAACGUCAAUUGGGCAGCCAUGUUGGUGCCGCCGCCAGCAGCAGCGGCAGCAACUUUCCCAUCUUCUACGAUGGCGUCAAUGUGAAUCCUCCCCUGCAGCCCCUGCAGCCACUGCAGCCGCUGCCACCACUGCAGCAGUUGCAACCUCUGCAGCAGCUGCAACCCCUGCAGCAGCUGCAGCCGAUCACCGUGGUGCAACCAGGCAAUGUCCAGGGCCAGCCGCAGUCGGGCUGGUUGCCCAAUUUCGGACAGAACUUUGGGCAGAAUCUGCCCAUCAUUGGCACCCUGGUGGGCGGUCUGCCCAACCUGAUCAGCAGCCUGGGUCUGGGCAACCUCAACGGCGGCUUCGGCACACUGGGCGGCAUCAAUCUGGGCCAACUUGGCCUGGGCGGCCUCACCCCAGUGGUGGCGACACCCGUACCCAUCGCCGGUGUCCCCUCCAAUCAGCAGUGCCCCCUCACCCAGAAGCUCAGCUGUCGCUGCGAGCCACUCAUCCAGCUGCCCGGCCAGAAGCCCAACUCUCAGCUCCGUGGACCCCAGACCCAGACCCAAUCGCAGUCCCAGUCGCAGUCCCAGUCGCAGCUGGUGCGGAUCCUCAGGCAGAAUGUGCGCGGCAACGAUGAUGGAUCCCAGGAGCUGCGUGUCAUCCUCAGCAGCGGGCAUGUGGUCUAUCAGCGAACGGCCAAGGACCUCGGCCAGAGUGGCUACUUCGCCAUGAGGCUACAGUCGGGGCGGUACUUCAACAUUUACUACAGUGUCAACGACAAGGAGUACACGGUGAGGGCCGAUGUCAAGGAUGCGCCACCCAGCUCCGAUUUCGAUGAGGAGCUCAGUGGACAGAUCUGAUACGGAUCCACGGCGGGGCUUAUCGAUGAGUAGGAUGAGUGAGGAGGAAUUAGAGGAGCGUUUCCAAUCCUUCUUCGAAUCAACAGUUUCCCCUCCCCGCAUCGCACUGCC